AUGUUCUCAUGAUGCGGUACAGAGCUCAAUUCAGCCUCUGCCCCGCUAUUGCGUCUCAGACCACAUUUUCGGAUCAAGCAUAAAUUGGCUCUUAGCCACGGCCUCGCGAGCGUUACAGGUGCGCGCCAACAGGUGAUUUUGAUUCGAUUGUCACAAAACGCCUAGUUUAGGUUUCAACACAACAAGAAAAAUGGAUAUCUCAAAGAUUUCCGUUGCAAACAGGAGAAACAGAAAUGCAACCAAAGGGAAAAAAGCUACUCACAAGUCAAAUGUUUCACCGGCGAUCAGUAGACUCAUUCGAGACCCUUCAAAUCAUAUUCCAUUGGGACGACAACUUCAGAGGACGCCGCCAACGUCAGAGUUGAAAAUAACUCGGCCUUUGAGCUUUGAAACACAAGCGAUUGAAACCACCCCUGGGCAAGAGCCCUUGUCUCCCGCGUUAAAUAUGACCAUGGACCUUUACACAAUCGAGCCUGCAGAAACUGAAACAUGCCGACGGUCUCGCAUCACUUCAAGCACACUCUGUUCAGGCAGUGUGCUGGAAGAGGACCCCUACUCAUUGAUAAGAGGCAUGCAGGGCUAUGAGGUUACCCCAGCAGACCUUGUAUUCCUGAAGAGAGCCAGGCAGGAGAGGCAGAUCAACGCCUUACAGAGAGAGCUGGAUGAGUUACUGAGGCAGCGGAGGAACCAGAUGCUGGCCAGGGAUCUGUCCUUGGCCUCCAGAGAGAAGAUCCAAACUGACCUUGAUGAGAUCCUGUCCUGUGAGCAGACUGUUCAAAUGGGGCAAGUGUUCCUCUCGAGGAAGCUGAGCUCAACGGAGGUAGAGGCCCUGGACUCCAAGUCCCUCCUGGCCCAGAUAAAGACUGCUGAUGUCCAGCAAGCUGUAGAGGAGGAACAAGCUGAGAUCACUGCACUAGAGAACAGAGUGGCCAGAGCCCUGGAGCUCAGAGAGAGAGGGGAGCAAAGACAACAGGAGAUUGAGAAUCGGAACAGAGCCAUCCUCACGAAAAAGGCAAACAUCAAGCAUCUGAUGAAGGAACUAUCAGAGCUCAAAUCCCAGCUGGCUGGGGCAGAGGAAUCUUUGCUAGCCAUUCAAGGCAAGAUGGACACUUUGAAAGACACCGAAAAAGAGGAAGACACAGGUCCCCAGGAGGCAUUGCAAGUCGCCCCAAGCCAAGCAAAAGCUCCCAAAAAGGCACCCAAGACAAAAAGGAAUGGUGGAGAAACAAUUACCCAACAGGCUUCUCAUGUCCGAAUUAAAGCUGAAAAUACACCUACCAUAGUUGGAGAGCCACAUAUGGCCAGUGGUCUCAGACGAUCUAAGAGAAUAGCUACCAAGAAGAGCUGCGUUGAGAAUAAGCCUGUUUUAAGGAAAACUCGCCCUGUCAAAGCAAGCAUUUCACUUUGAGAAUUUUUCUCCACUUUUCCUGAAACUUUUGAGUUUUAAGGAGUUGUUUUGGCUUGUUUGGUACUGUGGUUAGGUUUCCAUCCAUUUGACAACAGAUUUUAAUGCAGAUAUUCAAAAGUCCGCACAGAAACAUUAUAUGCAUUUUUCCCACCAGUGGAUAGUGUUGUGCGUGACAGUGCACAUAACACUUUUGCGCUUAAGUUUUCAUGUACAGAAUAAAAUAAAACAGACGUUUUAAUGUGUUUCCAUAGCAUUUUCAAUUCUAUGGAUGAUUUUGUCACACAAACUGCAAUAAAAAGCACACUUGCCCAAC